AUGGCGGCGAUGGUGCCUGGAGGUGGUGGCAGUGGUAGCGGCGGCGUGAAUCCAUUUCUCAGUGAUUCAGACGAGGAUGACGACGAGGUAGCGACGACCGAGGAGCGGCGGGCAGGACUUCGGCUGAGUUCCGGGGGCGACCUAGAUCCUGGCUCUGCGGACUCGCUAUCGCCCCAGGAUCCCGUGGCCUUAGGGAGCAGUGCACGGCCGGUGCUCCCUGGGGAGGCGGCGGCUGCGAUGGCCCUGGGGGGCAGCGGGGAGAACCCGGCCCGAUUGUCAAUUGAUGCGAUCGCGGCUCAGCUGUUGCGGGAUCAGUACUUGCUGACCGCCCUGGAGCUGCACACCGAGCUGCUAGAGAGCGGCCGAGAGCUGCCUCGGCUGCGCGACUACUUCUCCAAUCCGGGCAACUUCGAGAGACAGAGUGGGACCCCUCCGGGGAUGGGGGCGCCGGGGAUCCCCGGAGCAGUCGGCUUUGGAGGCGCAGGAGGUCGGGAGCCGAGCAUGACGUCGGGCGGGGGACAGCUCAAUAGAGCUGGAAGCAUCAGUACUCUUGAUUCUUUAGACUUUGCAAGAUAUUCAGAUGAUGGUAACAGGGAAACAGAUGAAAGAGUGGCAGUCCUGGAGUUUGAACUACGGAAAGCCAAGGAGACCAUUCAGGCCCUCCGAGCCAACCUGACAAAGGCUGCAGAACAUGAAGUUCCUUUACAGGAACGAAAAAAUUACAAAUCAAGUCCUGAAAUUCAGGAGCCAAUCAAACCUCUUGAAAAGAGAGCUCUAAACUUCUUAGUCAAUGAAUUUUUAUUGAAGAAUAACUACAAGCUUACAUCAAUAACCUUUUCAGAUGAAAAUGAUGACCAGGAUUUUGAAUUGUGGGAUGAUGUAGGAUUAAACAUUCCAAAGCCUCCAGACUUAUUGCAACUCUAUCGAGAUUUUGGAAAUCAUCAAGUGUCUGGAAAAGACCUUGUGGAUGUUGCCAGUGGAGUAGAAGAAGAUGAAUUAGAAGCACUUACACCAGUUUUAGGCAACCUUCCUCCACCCCUUGAAACUCCUCAGACUAUAGAGAACUCCUUACUAGUACAGAAAUUAGAAGAUAAAAUUAGUUUAUUAAAUAGUGAGAAAUGGUCUUUGAUGGAACAAAUCAGAAGACUUGAAAGUGAAAUGCACAUUCUCAAAAAUGAACACUUUGAUAUCCCAGUAAUUUGUGACUCUGUUCAACCUUCUUUGGAUCAGUCUCUUCGCAAAGACUCUGAGGACAGUGGACAGAAACCAGUUACAAAUAGUUCAGACGAGGGGAAAAACAAGGAUAUCUAUCCUUCUACAUUAGAUGAAGUUGAUUCCACUAUUCCUAAAGAGAAUUUCCCAAACUCCUUACCGAGGAGAGAAACAGAAGGAACACCAUCUUCUUCUUCAUCAAGUAAAAACAUAGUCCAUUUUGAUAAACCCAAUAGGAAGUUGUCUCCUGCUUUCCACCAAGCACUACUCUCUUUUUGUCGAAUGUCAGCAGAUAGUCGUUUAGGAUCAGAGGUGUCUCGGAUUGCUGACAGUGAGCGAAGCGUCAUGUUAAUGCUGGGCCGCUGCCUGCCGCACAUUGUUCCUAACGUGCUAUUAGCCAAGAGAGAGGAGUUGAUCCCCCUCAUACUGUGUACAGCAUGCCUGCAUCCUGAGCCUAAAGAGAGAGAUCAGCUUCUCCACAUACUUUUCAAUUUGAUCAAGAGGCCAGAUGAUGAGCAAAGGCAAAUGAUACUGACGGGUUGUGUGGCAUUUGCACGUCAUGUUGGACCAACGCGUGUAGAAGCUGAACUUUUACCACAGUGUUGGGAACAGAUUAAUCACAAAUACCCAGAAAGACGGCUGCUUGUGGCAGAAUCCUGUGGAGCUUUGGCACCUUACCUUCCUAAAGAAAUUCGUAGCUCCUUGGUUCUUUCAAUGUUGCAACAAAUGUUAAUGGAAGAUAAGGCAGAUUUGGUAAGGGAAGCUGUGAUCAAAAGCCUCGGUAUCAUUAUGGGAUACAUUGAUGAUCCAGACAAAUAUCAACAGGGUUUUGAAUUGUUGCUGUCAGCCUUGGGUGAUCCCUCAGAAAGAGUAGUUAGUGCAACACAUCAAGUAUUUUUACCAGCUUAUGCUGCCUGGACUACAGAACUUGGAAAUUUACAGCCUCAUCUUAUACCUACAUUGCUGAGCAAGAUUGAAAAACUUCUCAGGGAAGGAGAACAUGGGCUGGAUGAACAUAAGCUCCACAUGUAUCUUUCUGCCUUGCAGUCCUUGAUCCCAUCUCUCUUUGCAUUCGUGCUGCAGAAUGCCCCUUUCUCCAGCAAAGCCAAGCUUCAUGGUGAAGUGCCACAGAUAGAAGUGACACGGUUCCCCCGGCCUAUGUCACCCCUUCAAGACGUGUCUACUAUUAUUGGAAGUCGUGAGCAAUUGUCAGUGCUACUACAACUUUAUGAUUACCAGCUGGAACACGAGGGUACAACAGGCUGGGAGAGUUUACUGUGGGUUGUCAAUCAAUUGUUGCCACAACUUAUAGAAAUAGUUGGCAAAAUUAAUGUUACUUCAACUGCCUGUGUCCAUGAAUUCUCCAGAUUUUUCUGGCGCCUUUGCCGGACAUUUGGCAAAAUUUUUACAAACACUAAGGUAAAACCUCAGUUCCAGGAGAUUCUAAGACUAUCUGAAGAAAACAUUGAUUCCUCAGCUGGAAAUGGGGUCCUCACUAAAGCUACUGUCCCCAUUUAUGCAACAGGAGUUCUUACAUGUUAUAUUCAGGAAGAAGACAGGAAACUGUUAGUUGGAUUCUUAGAAGAUGUAAUGACCUUGCUUUCAUUGUCUCAUGCUCCUCUUGAUAGCCUGAAGGCUUCUUUUGUGGAACUAGGUGCAAAUCCAGCCUACCAUGAAUUAUUGUUAACGGUUUUAUGGUAUGGUGUUGUCCAUACUUCAGCACUUGUGAGGUGUACUGCUGCUAGGAUGUUUGAGCUGUUGGUGAAGGGGGUGAAUGAAACUCUGGUAGCUCAGAGGGUUGUUCCUGCUCUCAUUACUCUCUCCAGUGACCCUGAAAUCUCCGUUAGGAUUGCCACAAUUCCAGCCUUUGGCACUAUUAUGGAAACAGUUAUUCAAAGAGAGCUGCUAGAAAGAGUGAAAAUGCAGUUGGCUUCUUUCCUGGAAGAUCCUCAGUAUCAAGACCAAUAUUCUUUGCAUAUAGAGAUCAUAAAAACAUUUGGGAGAGUUGGGCCGAACGCAGAGCCAAGGUUCCGAGAUGAGUUUGUUAUACCACAUUUGCAUAAGCUAGCCUUGGUGAACAACUUACAAAUUGUGGAUUCUAAAAGACUGGAUAUUGCUACCCAUCUUUUUGAAGCCUACAGUGCACUUUCCUGUUGUUUCAUAUCAGAGGACUUAAUGGUUAAUCACUUUUUACCUGGUCUCAGAUGUUUGCGUACCGACAUGGAACAUCUUUCUCCAGAGCAUGAGGUUAUUUUAAGUUCCAUGAUAAAAGAAUGUGAACAAAAAGUAGAGAAUAAGACUGUCCAAGAGCCUCAAGGCUCAAUGUCAAUUGCUGCAAGCUUAGUGAGUGAAGACACAAAGACCAAGUUUUUGAACAAAAUGGGCCAAUUGACGACAUCAGGUGCCAUGCUGGCCAAUGUAUUUCAGAGGAAGAAGUAA